UCAUACUGAAAAAAGUUCAAUGAGCGAUAUUGAUGAAAACGAUUUUGAAAAAGAAAAAUUUAUCUCUAUUCAGGAGGAAACUCCCGAAGUUCAGCCCUCAGAACAACGAGAACACGCUCCAGAAAGUGGUUGGCAUAAUGCUGUCCAUCUUCGCGAAGAACAUGACGAAAAAUUAACUUAUAAUAUUUUAACUGCGAAAUAUGAAGAUCAUGAAGAAACAUUAGCAAAACAACUCCUUGCAUCAGAAAGCUUGUCUUUGUCUUGGUGGGAUACCCUUAAACUUCUUGUUCAUGAAGUUAUAGAUGUUAUCAGACCUGAUAAAAACCACAACGCAGACGAUAUUGACAUCAGGCAAUACGUUCAAAUAAAAAAGAUACCGGGAGGUGUUAGAAACGAAAGCAAACUUAUAAAGGGUUUAGUCUUUACAAAAAAUAUUACACACAAGAAGAUGCUCGCAAAAAUUGAUAAUCCAAAAAUACUUUUGCUGGAAUCUGCAAUCGUUUAUCAAAGGACUGAAGGAAGAUUGAUGUCUCUAGAACCAAUUCUGCUUGUGUUCUUCCCCAUUUAA